AAACUGUUGUGUGUUGAACAUGUGUCCUCCCCCUCUCUUUAUUACCCCGCUGUUACUGCUCUGUUAGGGGGUAAUUGUACACUAAUUACCGUGAAGCUGUAAACCCCUCCCCCUGCCCGCUGAUUGGUCAGACCUCAGUGGACAGCAUGACCCUGACCCCGCCCCUCCAGUGGUGUCCCAGGUAUAAGACGAUCCAGGUCGACAGCUGAGGGGUCAGAACAGUUUGUGACAGGACUCUACAUUCCCCCAGAAAACCCUGACCCUGAUCCACAGUCCUCCUCCUCCUCCUCCUCCUCUUCUUCUUCUUGUUUUUGGCUGCUCUGUCUCCUCCACUGGAUUUCUCUUCUUCUUUGGUUGUUUGGGGACUGAACCAUGGAGUUGUCGGAUAUCUCUUUCCCCAUCCCCGCGGCUGAUGAUUUCUACGAUGACCCCUGCUUCAACACCAGCGACAUGCACUUCUUCGAGGACCUGGACCCGCGGCUGGUCCAUGUGGGCCUGCUGAAGCCGGACGACUCCUCCUCUUCGUCCUCGUCCUCCCCUUCCUCCUCCUCCUCCUCCCCGUCCUCCCUCCUGCACCUCCACCACCACCACGCCGAGGUGGAGGACGACGAGCACGUCCGCGCCCCCAGCGGGCACCACCAGGCGGGCCGCUGCCUGCUCUGGGCCUGCAAGGCCUGCAAGAGGAAGACCACCAACGCGGACCGGCGGAAGGCGGCCACGCUGCGGGAGCGGAGGCGGCUCAGCAAGGUCAACGACGCCUUCGAGACCCUGAAGCGGUGCACGACGGCCAACCCCAACCAGCGGCUGCCCAAGGUGGAGAUCCUGCGCAACGCCAUCAGCUACAUCGAGUCCCUGCAGGCGCUGCUGCGCGGCGGGCAGGAGGACGGCUUCUACCCGGUGCUGGAGCACUACAGCGGGGACUCGGACGCCUCCAGCCCCCGCUCCAACUGCUCCGACGGCAUGACGGAUUUUAACGGGCCGACCUGUCAGUCAACCAGAAGAGGAAGUUACGACAGCAGCUCUUAUUUCUCUCAGACUUCAAACGGUGGUCUGAAGAGCGACCGGAGCUCGGUGGUCUCCAGUCUGGACUGUCUCUCCAGCAUCGUGGAGCGGAUCUCAACUGACAACAGCAGCCUGCUGCCGGCCGCUGAUGGCCCCGGGUCCCCACCCACGGACCCUGCUGGUGAGACGGCAGCCCCCGGACCCGCCCAGGUCCCGUCUCCAACCGCCAGCCAGGACCCGAACCUGAUCUACCAAGUCCUAUAGACACCUCCCUCACACCUGGGGACUCUCACGUCAGACCCACAUCACACACCGUCUGAUCCUGAUCCACACACUCGCGUUAUUUAGGCUGAACUGAGUCUUCACAACCUGUUUGCAUCAGCUGUAAAGUUUUUCUAACUUAGAGUUUUAAACAUCCUUCCACACCUGCUUUUAUUCCCUUUAGCUGGAAACAUACGGAAGUUCACUCCUGCCAAAAAGAAAAAAAACAAUUGAGUACAAAAAAUUUACUGAUGAACUUGUAAAAUAGAGUUUGAUAUUUUUAUAAAUCACAUUUCCAUAGAUUUUAUAGUUACUGAGCAUGCUCCAUGUGCUGAAGAAGAGCAUGGAGACAUGGUCAAAAAAAAAGGGCCUCAAAUUAACAAACAAGUUUAUUUCUAAAUCUUAAUUCAGUUUUAAGAAAACAAUAAGAACAAAUGACAUAAAUUAAAUCGCCUCAAGUUUCCGUGUGAAUAAAUAAUGAUUGUAUUUAAAAUAAUAAUUACUACAGAAAGAAACUGAUUUAUUUUUUGUGUAUUUUUUCAAAAUACGAUAAACCAGAAACAGUCAGGAAUUAGCCAAAGUCGUAAUUUUAACCCUUUAUAUAAAGUGAUUAUUUUUCUGGCAUGAAUGAUCUUCCAUAUUUCAGCAUAUCCAACCCCCUUUCCUGCUGUUAAUAAACGUGGACUAGACUUUAGAUCAAACCACUUGAAAAUGCUGGAAAAUGUAGUUUUUAUAAACAGGUUUUUACUGACAAGUAGAAAAAUCAGUUCAGUUCUUGCUGUAUUUUUAUUAUGUUUGUUGUAAGUUAUGAAAACUAUUUUUAAAGAAGGCUCAGCUGAGUCUGUGUUUAGUCUAUUUGAUGAAGGACGGAGGCCAAAAAAAUCCAUCCAUUUACAUUCCUCCACGUCCAAGUCCUAAAAGCCCCAGCUGCUCAAGUCCCUCAGGACAAAAAACAACUGCAAUAAUCCUGAUAUAUUGUAAGAAAAAAAAUUACCAUACAAAACAUCUUUACUCAGGAGUAUUGUGGUGUUUUUUUGUCCCACCAGGGUUGAAGUAGGUUCAGACCUUCCUUCCUGUCCAAGUCAAAUUAAAAUUUAUUUCAUUUGUCGUUUUCAUUUCACUGCAGCGGAGGACCAUUUUUCUGUUUCUGUACAUAUUAUGUAAAUAAGAGCUGAUUUGUUCCAACUGAAAAGUAUUAAUUAUGUAUUUAAUGUUUCUGUCAGUACGUGCUUUUGUUUGUUGUGAAAAAAAUGUUAAACUUUAUAUUUAUACAUCUGAAAACUGAGUGAGUCUAAUGACAAAUAAAUGAACCUGCUUAUUUAUACAAAAAA